GGUCCUCGAUGGGUCGACGUCGAGUGUAGCGCGAGAUCUCGAAGUGCAACGAUCUCGAAUCGAGUUCGCGUUGCGCGGUGCGUGAGCGCGCUGUGUGUUUGUUUCCCUCCCGUUGUGCGAAGCCAAAGUCUGAACAUGACGCAAGAGAGCCAGAUACCUCCUCCACCAGUUAUGUGGGCCCAAAGGAAAGAUAUCUUAUUUGUUACAAUCUGCUUAGAAGACUGUAAGGAUCCUGUUAUGGAAAUUGAACCAGAGAAGAUAUAUUUCAAAGGAGAGGGUGGCACAGAUAAAAAAAUGCAUGAAGUUACAAUUAAUUUAUAUAAAGAAAUUGAACCCAGUAAAACUGUAAAAAAUUUGAAAGGUAGAACUUUUGAAUUAAUUCUUGCUAAAAAAGAGGAGGGACCAUAUUGGCCACGGCUAAUUAAGGAUAAAACAAAGGCUCAUUGGUUAAAGAGUGACUUUAACAAAUGGAAGGAUGAAGAUGAUACUGAUGAUGAAGGUAGCCCACCUGAUUUAGAAGAGAUGAUGCGACAGAUGGGUGGUCUGAGCGGUUCUGGUGACAGUAAGCCAAAUUUCGAUGAUUUAGAUGAAUUAGGAGACAACGAGGCCGACAGCGAUGACGAAGAUCUUCCCGAUUUAUACGAUUAAAACGAUGAAUAACCGCAUCGAUUAAUUGAUUAAUUAAUUAUAUUAAAAACGAAUGGCAACCUAAGGAUAAUGCACAAUUGGGCAAUAUUUCAGUAGGUUUCGCUGUUUGUAUCUUCAAUUGCAAAUUCGUUAUAAAAUGGCCGUGUUGCAAGUAGCAAACUGGGCGCGCAAAAUGGACUACAAAGAGAGAACAGUGUGGUAAUGCAACUGAGGAACAGUAAUACACAGCUCUCGAGGAUUCUCCACACCUCACCCGCCUCCCCUUUUAGCCUGUAGUUCAUAUACUAAGUUAUAAUGAACAAGCUUUUUUAAUAAUAUAUUCUGUAAAGUAAUAAGGAGAUAAAAAAAGAUAACAAUACAUGGAAUAGUUCAUUUUGGGAAAUCCUACAAAGCACUAUUGACAGGCAUGACAAAAUGUUAUAAAUGUUGUCUGUGAGAUAAAAAUAUCAAUACUUUA